CCAAACAUUAUAUAAAUGUAAGGUAAGAAAAUACUCCCACUGAAAUUCAUACCCACAUAAGGAAAGUUGAUGGAUUUGGUUCAUAAAUUGUUGAACGUUCUACUUCCUCUGAUAAGCACCUUCGUGCUUCUGUGUUUCUUACCGAUCUAUCUUGUAUUCAAGUUUCUUAGUUACAUAAAAAGACAUAUAUACAGCGAAGAUGUGUCUGGAAAAGUGGUGCUUAUCACCGGAGCUGCCUCAGGAAUCGGUGAGCAAAUAAGCUAUGAGUACGCCAAAAGAGGAGCUUGUUUAGUCUUGGUUGACGUUAGAGAGGAUGGUCUUGAAGCAGUUGUUAAAAAGGCAAAAAAUUUUGGCUCCCCAGAUGUUAUAGCAAUCGCCGCAGAUGUUUCUAAGGUGGAAGAUGCUGAGAGAUUUGUUAAUGCAGCAGUGGAGCAUUUUGGUAGAUUGGAUCAUCUGGUGAAUAAUGCUGGAGUUGGAGAUCCAGACGAAUUAAGGAAGAACAACAAUAUCUUACAACCUCGUCGAGUUAUGGACAUAAAUUUUUGGGGUACAAUUUACGGCACCCAUUUUGCCCUCCCACAUCUGAAAAAGAGCAAAGGCAAGAUCAUCGUAGUUGCUUCAAUUGUGGGAUGGUACCCCAUUGCAACAUGGGGUUUCUACGGGGCAAGUAAAGCAGCACUGAUAAACUUCUACGAGUCCCUGAGAAGUGAAAUUGGUCAUAAAGUCCGCAUUACGAUCGUAACACCUGGCCUAAUAAAGACACGAAUGACUGAGAAUCUUGCGGAAAAGGGAUAUGAUUUAAGUUUUCUUCCAUCAACGUCUAAACAAGCAUGUGCAAAGGCAAUAGUGAAAAGUGGUUGCCGUGGAGAUAAGUAUUUGACGGAGCCAUCGUGGAUUAGGGCCCUGUAUCCAUGGAAGGUUCUUUGUCCUGAGGUGACGGAAUUUUGCAAUCGCUUUGUCAUUAUCAAAUGGAAAUUGGCUUGGAAAAAAAGCUUAACCCGAUCUCCUCAACCCAAAAUAGACUAAGCCAUUUCUGUUUUUUGUGUUGUGGGUUUGAAGCAUUCGGCUUACGAGAAUGCUACGGUACGGGCUCGUGUUCAGCCCUGUUAAUAAGUAAAAUAAUUCCGUCUUCUGUUAGGAAA